CGGGCACGUGGGGCCUUUUCGUCCCCGGCGUCCGGGCGCGCCGCAUCGACCCCCCACCCCAGCCCCUGCCCCCCGGCGGCGGCCGGUGGGCAGAAAGACCGAAACCCGCUCACUGCCGCCUCUCGAAUCGCGGCUCUGCUGUUUGCGGGGCGUGCUAGAAACGUGGUCCUAGAAAGAAUGGCGUCCAUUUACAUAAUGCUUUGUUUGCGUUUCGCAAGUUUCUUUCGGUUAAAGCCCCAGAAACCCCACCUCCUGCCCUUGUGUCGUUUCCAUCGCGGCACCCUUUUCCGACAUUAGAAACAAUAGUGUGCGCCUGUGGAGGCCUUGUUUAUUCAGGGGAUGCCGGCCAGGGCUUCAGGACGUUUCUGCGGCUUUUCCCGCGCGGCCUGGGCUCCCGCGGCUGCCUUUCGGGCCCAUGGGCGCAGCCACCGCACCCGACUCUCCGGGGGCGGCCCCGUGGCCCGCCAUCUUGGAAGGCCUUUUUUGCAGGUUCCUCCCGCUGAGGAAGUGUCGUUUAAGACGCUGGCAUACGAGUUGUGAUUUCUGCCCUUUCCCCUUCCUCCUUGGGCUAAGCCAGACCAGAAAGGGCCCCGUGCACAACGUGCUUCAGAAUCCCUCAGGGAAAGCGGCUAACGUGGCGCUACUCGGCCUCCCCCGUUCCUUCCUGAGGGGCGGCCGCCAUGUUGCCUGAACACAAAAUGGCGACACGUGGCUAGCAUUCGUCGCCAACGAGAAAUUGGGAGGAAGACACUUUAAAACAUAAAGAUGAAGUGCCUAAUUCAAGGUCACACAAUGUCGGGGAUGGACCUCCAGAUUUCCUUACUGACCAAGUGUGUUGGGGACUUGAGAUGUGUACAUGAGUGUUUGUGAUGUUUCCUGCUGAAAGCACAGGUAAGACAUGGUCUUGUACCACAGUGGUUAAGAAUGUGACUUUGGAGCCAGCCUGCUAGGGGAUGAAUUCUGACUCAGCCAUUUACUAACUGGGUGACCUUAGGGAGGAGGACCUGGUUGAUAGAAUAAUCUAUCUUAUAGUCUUAACAUUCACUAUAAUUCCAAACUUUGAGGACAAUAGAGAUCAGUGGGCUUUGACUGCCCAGCAUGCAGUCUUCAUUCUUAGGUCACACAGUUUUCCACACUCCUUGAUGGAGGUGCUUAAACCCUAUCCAUCAGCAUUCUUGGACAGCAUCUCUGGUUAGGGACAGUAUCUGACUGUCUGACAUCCCUGCACCCCCCAUACUGUCAGCCUCAGGUGGAUGGUUUCCUUAGAUGGUGGCUUUCUUUGGACCCUUGAUAUCAACCAGUUACUAUUUGGGGACCAGAUGUGCGGAGGUAAUGAAUACCAGGGAAUCAGGAAACCACUGGGUCAGUUCUUUGAGUCACAGAACAGCACUCAUCCCAGCAGCUGGGAAGCUAUCUGCAAAAGCCCAUCUGCAGAAGGGGCUUCCUGGCCUUGCAUGUGGCUGGGCCAUUUCUCUGGAUGCAGGGUUUUCAUUAUGCAAUCUUCUCAAAGAACCACCUGCUCUCAACACCUUCUCAGUGACUCCAUUUCCCCCUCCUCUGGGCUCCUGGAAUGCCACAAUGGCCCCACCUUAGCCAGGCAGCUGUGAUGAGAGGUGUUGACCCAGCUGCCUCUCCGCUGGCUCACUGAAUCAGGUGGAAGGGGCUGGGGACAGCACAGUCUUGCAGUGUGGUUGGGGACCUGGGCUAUCCAGAGGCAGGACUGUCCGAAGGCAGGGUACUGCCGGGAUUCUGCCAGGCGCUGAGUGAUGCGUGGCAUAGGGAGCUGGAAAGGGACAGGCUCUUGGCCAGGAAAAACAGCCCCAGAGCCACAGGUGUGCCAUCGAGUCUUCCUCCUCUCCGAUCCUUAAUCAUUCCUGUUUGGUGACAGCACACAGCUAGGCCUGGAGUCCAGCAAAGAGCACCUGGGUCCCAGAGGAAGUUGUUCUGGGGGCUGGAGACAAUCACAAAUGCCAAGUUUGCGAGCCCCAGACUCUGGUUCAUAGCGAGAGGCAGACUUGUGAACGAACCACCAGAGCACACUGUGAAACACGCUCAACCAGGAGUGGGUGCCCUUGCUAGGGACAGGCAGAAGGCUCCAUGGAGCAACAUUUGAAUGCGGACAUAAAAGUGGAUCCCUUCAACAGCCCCUGCACAGCCCCAAGUCAGGCCUCCAGCCCUUGGACUCACAGAUCGCCCCUGUAGACGCCUGGAGGUCCUCCGGUGCUACCCUUUACCCCUGCAGUGGAGGGGCACACAGCCAGAGCCCUCCAGGUCCUCACCACUGGCAUCGCCAACAUGGUGGACGUUUUCCCUCUCAAAAUGAAAAGGGACUAAAUUUCCCCAUGAUCUUUCCACAAAUGACCAUGUUGGGAAGUGGGAAAGGAAGGGCUGCAGUGCCUGGGGCAGGGACCCUUGGAACAGUUCUUGGAAAUGGAGAGGGGUAAAUAGAGUGGAGACAACACUCAUGGAGUCCAGUGUGAGCCUACCCAGAGUUGCUCGGCCACCUCUGCCUCUGAAUCAGGGGUGAUCAAUGAAGGAAAAUUACUGCAGCAAUUGAGUCCAUGUAAGAUGAUUGUGCACGUGUGUGUGUGUGUGUGCGCGCGCGUGUCCCCUCACUCAAAAAAGGCCAUUUCUGUGCCUUCUUGAUUCUGGGACCCUCCUCUACCUCCCUCUCCAGGAAAUCCCGUAGGAUCCCAUACCUGCUUUAGAAUGUGUGUGAGACUCUUCCCAGUGCCUGGCACGUGGUAGGAGCUCUGUACAUGUAAACUCUUUUCCUUUGACCCCUCAAAGUAGUCACCUGUGGGGGAGGCCAACAGGGGCUUCCCUGGUCUCAGAGCUGAUGGGCAUCUGGUCCCUGCCUCCGUCUUCCUUCUCUGGCUGAUGACAAAUACCUGAAUGUCAUCACAUCCUCCAUGUGCUCAUCUGUUAUUCUGGAACACAGGCUGGGGAGGGUACGGGGUAGUCCCCCUUCAACAGAGGCCAGCCUUUCUUGGGAUGUGGGCUGGCUGGUGUUGGUCCAAGGAUAGAUGCAGAGGGUGAGGCACCCAUCCUGCUAGUCGGGCUGGAUGCUGGCAGGAGGGCGGAGCGAGGAGGGGCGGAGCUUCCAGAACAAAGAAGAAUGGGGAGCCCGGGGGCCAGCCUAGGAAUCAAAAGGGCUCUGCAGAGUGAGCAGGUCACAGCACUGCCUGCCUCUGCCCCAGCAGUCAGUCAGCCAACGGCACCUGCUCCCUCCUGCUUGCCCAAGGCUGGGCAAGUCAUCCCCGAUCUGCUUCCAGAGGCCCCAUUUUCCAGCGUGAUUGCGCCGACACUGCUCUGUGGGUUUCUCUUCUUGGCGUGGGUUGCUGCUGAAGUUCCAGGGGAGAGCAGCAGGAUGGCUGGGAGCAGAGCCAGGAGUGAGGAAGGCCGCCGGCAGCAUGCCUUUGUCCCGGAGCCUUUUGAUGGGGCCAAUGUCGUCCCAAACCUCUGGCUGCACCGCUUUGAAGUCAUCAACGACCUCAACCAUUGGGACCAUAUCACCAAGCUAAGGUUCCUGAAAGAGUCCCUCAGAGGAGAGGCCCUGGAUAUCUACAAUGGGCUCAGUCCCCAGGACCAGGGAGACUAUGGGACUGUGAAAGAGACCCUCCUGAAGGCCUUUGGGGUCCCUGGGGCUGCCCCCAGCCACCUGCCCAAAGAGAUCGUCUUUGCCAACAGCAUGGGUAAGGGCUACUAUCUCAAGGGGAAGAUUGGUAAAGUGCCCGUGAGGUUCCUGGUGGACUCUGGGGCCCAGGUCUCUGUGGUCCACCCAAACUUGUGGGAGGAGGUCACCGAUGGCGAUCUGGACACUCUGCGGCCCUUUGAGAACGUGGUAAAGGUGGCCAAUGGUGCUGAAAUGAAGAUCCUGGGUGUCUGGGAUACAGCAGUGUCCCUAGGCAAGCUGAAGCUGAAAGCACAGUUCCUAGUGGCCAAUGCAAGUGCCGAGGAAGCCAUCAUCGGCACUGAUGUGCUCCAGGACCACAACGCUGUCCUGGACUUUGAGCACCGCACAUGCACCCUGAAAGGGAAGAAGUUCCGCCUUCUGCCUGUGGGAGGGUCCCUGGAAGAUGAGUUUGACCUGGAGCUCAUAGAGGAGGACCCCUCCUCAGAAGAAGGGCAGCAGGAGCUCUCCCACUGAGAAGCCCCCUUUUCUCUAACCUCCUAAAUAUUGGUGGGAAGGCCCACCACUGUGGGCAGGGGGGGGGGGGCGCAUAUCCUCAGGGGGAUCACUGGGCUUGGCCAAUCCGCUUAUCAACUCUUGCUCUUCCCUCCUCUCUUGCUCCCUCUGCAGGGGCCUUAAUUUGCCCCUGGCUGGGGAGGCUUCCACUGAACAGGCAUGGGUGAGGGAGAUCAGGCUGUCUUAGAGGGACAGAGUCCUCAUGGUCAUCAAGCUGCUAUUGAUGACAAAGACUCGAAGGCUGGAAGAGCUCCCAAGGAAGCUAGAAAUGCUUGUCUUUGAAAGAACUGUGGGACCCCUUCAGAUCCCCCGAGGUAUGGCUUGGUCACUCUCAGGUUCUCAAAGCCUGUCUCAGCUGGGCUGGGUCCUAGCUGCAGGGUCUUUGUGAGGGUCACAGUUGCUCUGAGACACCGCCUGAAGAGCCCUUUCCACCUGUACAAUGGUAUUUUCUGUCUAUUAUUUGCUUUGAAGCCCAUUGUGCCUUGUGCCAAUAAUCUAAUUGCUGCAAACACCAAUAAAGAUUGAUUCAUGGAAAAA